AUGAAUUCAAUAAAAAAAAUUGAAAAUGAGAUAAAUGAUCUGAAUGAAAGAUCAAAUAUAUCAAAAGAAACAAAAAAUAAUAUUAAUCCUUCAUUAUACAUAAAUAAAAUUAAGAAAAAAAUAAAUAUCCAUAUUUUUGACAAUUUAAAUAGAAAUGAAAUUUGUCAAUUAAAAAUAGAUGAAAAUAACAAAAAAAUGGAGUUUUCAACAAUUGGAAAAACUUGCCAAAAUAAGAUUAAAAAUAAUGAAAAUUUCUUUCAUAACAAAAACAAAUGUACAUUAAUUAAUAAAAUCAAUAAAGAAAUACAUGACAAAUCAUAUGGUUGUAAAAACAAAGAACUAAAUAAGUUUAAGUAUCAAAAAUAUAAAAAAUUGUUGUCAAAUUUUGAAAAUGUGAAUAUUUCUUGUGUUAGAAAGAAAAUAAAUGAAAAUAAGUGUAAAUUAAUUCAUAUAAAUAAAGAAAAUAAUCAGAAAUCCACUAGGGAAUUUUCAGAAAAAAAGAGUACUGAAUUCAAUUUCAAAAAAAAAAUUAAUUCUAACGCAAAAAACAUUGCUGAUGUAAGUUCAAUUUUAAGAAAAAAACACAAAAAAAAAAAAAAAUUUAAAAAGGAAGAAUGGAGUGCAUUAAAUGUUCCAAUUAAAACUAAAGAAAUAAAAAUAUGUAGGAGUUUGCACAUAGACAAAAGUAUAAAACAAUUUGUAAAAUUAAAAAAAGGAAGUUUUCCCUUUUCAACAAAUACAAGUUUAAAAAAUAAGUUGAUACAAGAAGAACCAAAAAAUGAAACAGAACUAUUUAAACAAAAUAAAAAUAAUAAAAAUGAAUUAUUGGAAAAAUUUGAAAAUAAGUUGAAACAUUUAUUAUAUUAUGAUUAUAUUUCUCAAGAAAAAGGAUAUAAAAGUAUAUAUCAAAGUGAAAUUGGAGGUAACAUAAAUUAUAAAAACGGGUAUAAAAAAAAAAAGAACUGUGCAGAGGAUAUAUAUAUAAAUAAUCAGAGCUACAUAAAAAAUAUAAUAAAUUCCGAUAUAAACUUAAAAAAGAAUAAGAAAGACAAAUUAAUAAUAAACAAAAGUACAUUUAGAAGUAGUAAAACAAAUAUAAAAUACCUUAAAGAAAAUAAGGGAAUAAUUAGUUAUAUAAACGAAUGUAAAGUAAGCACAAAUUUCCUAAAAAAAGAUUUGGUAGAUGAUGAAAUUAUUGAAAAAUUAAUAUUUAUAAAUUUAAAAAAAAAAAAAAAAAAUGAAUUGAACGAAAAGGAGGGGAAAGAAGAAAAUGAAUAUAAAGAAGAAGGGGACGAUGUUGAAGAUGUGGAGGCAGAAACAAAAGAGGAAGAUGAAGAAAAAAGUAUAGAAAUAGAAUUUAAAAAAGGAAAAAAAAUACAAAAAAAGGAUAAAUGGAAAAAUUUAAAGAAUGAAUUAAAAGAAAAAAUAAAUAAAAAAUAUUUAAAAGAGUAUUUAAAUAUACUAAAAAAUAAAAAAAAAUAUAAAAUAAUAGUUGUAAAAAAUAAUAAUAAAGAGAUUGGAAAUUAUAUAAUAACAAAUAAAAUAGGUAAAGGUACUUUUGGAGAAGUUUGCUUAGGAAUUCAUAUAUAUACAUACGAAAUUGUAGCUGUCAAAAUUUUAAAUAAAAAAAAAUUAUUGCAAAUGAUAAGUUAUGAUAAAAUAGUAAAAGAAAUAGAAAUACAUAAAAAAAUUGAUCAUAAUCAUAUAUGUAGAUUCUAUGAAGUACAUGAAAAUAGAAAAAAUUUAUAUAUGAUUUUAGAAUAUUUGCCUAACGGGGAUUUAUUAACAUACAUAUAUAAAAAUAAUUAUAUAAACGAAAAUAAAGCAAGGAGAAUUUUAUAUCAAUUAAUAAAUGCUAUAGAAUAUUUACACAAAAUGCAUGUUGUUCAUCGCGAUUUAAAACCUGAAAAUAUAUUACUAGAUUACAAUAAUAAUGUUAAAUUGAUUGAUUUUGGUUUGUCUACAAUAUUCAGUCAGAAUAUUUUAUUAACAACAUCAUGCGGAUCACCUUUUUAUACAUCUCCUGAAAUUUUAUUAGGAAAUAAAUAUAAAGCCGAAUCAACUGAUGUAUGGUCAUUAGGUAUCAUUUUAUUUUUAUUACUAAAUCAUAAGUUACCAUUUAAUCACAAUGAUUUAAAUAAAUUAUUUCAGAAAAUUAUAAAAGGAAUAUUACAUUUCGAAUCAUAUGUAUCUUUAAAUGCAAAAAAUUUAAUUCAAAAUAUGUUGAACAUAAAUUUUAAAAAAAGAUAUUCAUUAAAUGACAUUAAAAAUCAUAUAUGGUUCACUAGUCAUAAUUUGAAAAUUAAUUUAAUUAAUUCAUAUGAUGGAUGCAGUUUAAUUGAUUGUGAUACAUGCUUAUAUAAGAUAAUUUUUCAGAAUAAUAUUUAUUAUAAUGAUUUUAUCAUAAAUAAAAUAUGUAAAAUUACUAAUUUAGACAAAGAUAGUGUAUGUAAUCAAUUAAAUAGUGAAAAGAAAAAUUUUAUUAAAACAACAUUUCACCUUUUGCUUAAUAAAAUUAUUAGAAUAUUAUCAAAAAAUAAUUAUUUAUUUUCUCAUCAUAUAUUGAUUAAAAAAGACAACAAUUUCCUUAUUUCAAGUAUUGAAGAUGAUGCUAAUAAUAAUGAAGUUUCUUCUUUCUGUAAUAAUUCAGCAAACAAUAGUUUAUUUAAAAUAAUAAAUAAACAAAAAGAUAUUUACUCUUUAAACUUUUCUAAUAUUAAUAAGAAUAACAAUAAUAUAAUAAAACAGAAGUCCUCUGAAAAAAUAACCAGCACAAGGAAUAGCAAUGCUAAUAAUUUUAAUAUCAACAAUAAAAUUAAUGAUUCUACUAAAAAAAAUAAAGAUAAAUAUGUUAAAAAUAAUAAUAGAGCUACAAUAAACAACAACAACAACAACAAAAAAAAUAUAUUAAAAUAA